GUCAGAACUCCGCUCCACUCACGGGUUCUUCAAGAUGAAAAUGUGCGUGUUCGCGCAGUCAGGCAAGUGCAAGCAUGGAGAACAGUGUCGGUUUGCGCAUUCCGUGGACGAGCUCCGUCCUGUGCAGCCUGCUGGGACGGAUGCUGCUUCUGCCUCCAUCCAAUCAAUUGAGGAGGAGCCUCCUCAGAAAGAACCUCUUCAGAAAGAGUUUUUUUCGCUGCCUUCACGACCCGAGCAGGCAUAUUCAAGUUCACAGCAGGAGUCACAGGGGACCAGUGCCAGCACAGCUACCGGCAACGGGGGCAGCACUAGUGGCCAGUCCAGCAACGAAAACAGUGGCUCUGCGCCAACACCGCGAGCAGCAGAGGCAGAGCCGCAGAGCUCUGAAGAGCGAAGUCGCUCCUCGCUGCCUUGCUCCUCCUGGAACGAGCGCAAUGAAAGGAACGAAAACUCCGAUGGAAGCUCUUGGGCGUCUGUGAAUUCCAGCGUUACAGCAGUGCCGAGGAGUGAGCACACAGGGACUGGGUCUCCGCCUGCCACGAGUGACAGCAGCAGCAGUGGUGCAGGAAAUGGUCAGGCUGCCAGUUCAACCGCAGGUCCGCGUACAGGGGCCAGCCCAGAAGCCAAAUCCUCUGCGCGUCGGCCUCCAAGGAGUUCCGGAAGCAGUGACACUCACAGUGCGGCAUCUCAGCAG